AUGGAUGAGGAGGAGAUGUUCUACCUGGUCAGCAGCGCUGCCUAUGGGACCAAGGACGCACCAAGAGGAUGGUACAAGAAUCUGGACCCAACCAUGAAGAUUGAGGACUUCAUGCCGCUGCCCUACGAACCGGCAGCCUACGUCCUUCACCCUCCUGAUGGGAGCUUGGCUGGAUUGGUCACCGUCCACGUGGACGAUCUACUAUGGACAGGAGGAGGCUACAUCGAGAAGAAGAUGGACGCUAUCCAGGCCAAGUACAACUUUGGCAAGGUCUCUGUCAACAAGUUCGCCUACUGUGGACGUGAGGUGCUGAAGGAUGAGAGAGGAGCGCACAUCACGUGCCCAAGCCUGAUGGAUCGAGUGAGAAUGAUUCAUCUAACGCCCGAGGGGAAGAAAAAACCAGACAUGCCCGUGAGUGAGAAGCUGCGUGGCCAAUUGCGCGGCGUGAUUGGGAGCUUGGCAUGGCUUGCAAGAGUUUGCAGGCCGGAUCUUUCCUACGCAGUGUGCAAGCUCCAGUCUUCCGUGCACACUGCCAACAUCAACGACGUGAAGUAUGCCAACAAGAUUGUGGAGCUGGCCAAGCGUGACCCCAACAAGGGCAAUCAUCGCCAUCCAGGAUGCCUCGCAUGCAGCCGACUUCGACGUGAGCGAAAGUGGAGCGAAGUUGGGGCACAGGAACCAAUCGGGCAGAUUGCUGCAGAGACAUUAAGUCUCCUCUUGGGGAGCGAGGAGGCUGAUCAUCUACGUUUCGUCCUCUACAGCAUCAAGGGCCCGAAUCAUCAUCGAGCCAAUUGGACGACCGAUGCCAUGGACGAGAUCGACGUGGAUUGGUUCACAGACUGCAGGUCGCUGUUCCAGCACGUGAACCAGAGUGGCCUACAUGUCGUCACGGACAAGCGACUGGCCAUCGAUCUCAGCGGCAUUCGUCAGCAGGUAUGGAGGAAGAAAGGAGAAGCCUACGGCGAUCCUUUGAUCACGGAUCGUGUGCCUGCUGGAGCUACAACAGCUCUCCAUUGGACGACGACAGAUAGGAUGCUGGCUGACCCCCUGACCAAAGGGAUGAAGCACGCCGCCGGCUUGAAUUUACUGAUGAGUGGCGGCUCGGUGAGUUUGAUCCCAACAAAACAUAAUGAGUGUGAAAGCAAGGAUGAAAUCACGAUGGACAUGGACGCAUGA